AUGAAGCUGAUUCUGUUUAUUAUGAUUCAGAAGAUCCACCAACAGUUGAAGAAGAUUUGGAAAAUGAGGAAGGAAAUGAGGUGCAAUCAAAGUACAAUGCUAAGUACCCUACGUUUAACCCUAAAGCAGAUCCACCCUUUUAUUCAAUUAGGUAUGUACUUUGAUGAAAAUGUGCAAUUCAAGUUGGCUAUGAUUAGUUAUGCUGUACACACAAAGAGGGAUUUUUUCUGGAAAAAGAAUCAAUUAGAGUAUGUUAGGGUUGAGUGUCUGGGAAAGGGUUGUGGUUUUCAUGUUAGUGCAGGGUGGGAAGAGAGAACUAGGUGUUUUCAGGUGAAGGCAAUUAGCUUGGAACAUAAAUGCAACAAUCAAUUUACCUUGGGGAUAGUUAGUCAGAAAUGGUUAGAAUGGAAAUUUGAAGAGAAGGUGAGACAAAAUCGAACUAUUGGUUAUUCAGAGUUGAGCAGAGAAAUCAAAUCUGAGUUGAACUUGAAUGUAACUGUCAGCAUGUGUAGAAGAGCAAUAACAAGGAUAUUGAAGAAGUUGGAUAUUGGAUAUGAGAGUCAGUUCAAAAAGCUAAGGGAUUAUGCUCAGGAGUGCUUGAAUUCAAAUCCAGGAUCUACAGUGAAGAUAAAAACAACAACAACUGUGGAAAAUUCACCAUUAAUGUUUGAGAGGAUAUAUGUGUGUUUUAAUGCUAUGAUGAAGGGUUUUUUAAAGGGUUGCAGGAGGUUUAUUGGACUAGAUGGUUGCUUUUUAAAAGGGAAAUUGAAGGGUGAAAUACUGACUGCUGUUGGUAGAGAUGGUAACAAUCAAAUGUAUCCAAUUGCUUGGGCUGUUGUUGAGAUUGAGAAUAGCUCAUCAUGGACAUGGUUUCUGAAGCUUUUAAAGUCAGAUUUGAAUAUUGUGGACAACACUGAACGGACCUUAAUGAGUGAUCAACAGAAGGGUUUAUCUAAUGUCAUACAAGAGAUAUUUCCUGGUGUUGAGCACAGAAAUUGUGCUAGGCAUGUCCAUGCCAACUGGAGUAAGAAUCAUAGGGGGAAGGUCCUGAAGGCACAUUUCUGGCAGAUUGCAAAGACACCUACUCAAGCACUACUUGCAGAUAAGUUGAAAGCUUUGGAUAAGGUAGAUGCUACAGCACGUCAUGAUCUUAACAAGUACCCUAUGCAGUUAUGGUGCAAAGCAUUCUUCAAAGAUGAAGUUAAAUGUGACUUGGUGGACAACAAUUUGAGUGAGGCAUUUAACAAGACAUUGUUGAAAGCAAGGUCAAAGAAUAUUAUCCCAAUGCUUGAAGAUAUAAGAGUUUUUGUUAUGAAGAGGAUUGCAAAGAAGAAAGCAAUAGCUGAAAGAUGGAGGGGCAAUUAUGGGUCAUGUGUGCUGAAAAAGCUGAAUGAGAACAUACUUGACAGUGCAAAUUGGGAAGUUGUCUACAAUGGAGCUGAAGGAUAUGAGGUGAAAAAGGGAAGCUUUCAAUUCAAGGUGAAUUUAGAGUUGAAGACUUGUUCUUGUAGACUUUGGCAGUUGAGUGGUAUGCCCUGUUCUCACUCCAUUUGUGCCAUAUUUCACAAGGGUCACCAGCCAGAUCAAUACAUCCAUGAAUGGUACAGUAAAGAGAGGUAUUUGAAGACCUAUCAUGAAGUAAUACAGCCAAUAAAUGGAGAGCAGUUUUGGCCAAGAACUGAAGGUGAUGAAAUACAUGCUCCAGUCCCAAGGAAGAUGACUGGCAGGCCUAAGAAAAAAAGAAAACUUGAAGAUAAUGAGAAGAACAAGGACAAAACCAAGAUGAGUUCAGAGAUUAGUAAGCUGUCAAGGAAAGGGAGGAUAAUGACAUGUCAAAUAUGCAAGGGAAAGGGGCACAACAAAAGAUUUUGUCCUACUUUGACAAACCAACAAGGACACUGUGGUACUUCUACUGCUGUUAUAGGAAGAGGGAAAGGAAGGGGAAGUGGAAGGGCUGGUACUGCAGUUAGAGGAAGAGGAAGGGGGCCAAUUUUAUCUCAAGAAAGUACUAUUGGAAUGUCAGAUUGCACACAACAUUGAAGAUUUGGAAGCUUCUUGGACUUUUGGAUAUUUUUGGCAGCACUGUACACAACAAUGAUGAUAGUUUUCUAAUGAACAAAUUGUGAAUGUAUUGAAUGUAGUUUGCAGUCUAAUGUAUGCAGUGACUGAUCAGGGCAUAAUUAGUUUGCACUGUGUGAUUAACUGAUGU